AUGUCCCUCACCACCUCCUCCGCUCACUGGACCGCCAACGCCGUCCAAGGCGGAUUCCUCCGCCCUGUCGACCUCGACUCUGGCACUAAUGGCUGGGCCUCCCCUCCCGGCGACCUCUUCCUCCUCCGCUCCACCAAUUAUUUCACCAAACGCCAAAAAUCCCCCGCCGGUGACUACCUCCUGGCGCCUGCCGGAAUGGACUGGCUCAAAUCCCAAUCGAAGCUCGACAACGUUCUCGCUCGGCCCGAUAAUCGCGUUGGCCAGGCCCUCCGCCAGACCCAGGCACAAGGUAAAGCCCUCAAGAGCUUCAUCUUCGCUGUCAAUCUCCAGGUCCCGGGGAAGGAACAUCACAGCGCAGUGUUUUACUUUUUCACCGACGAACCGGUUCCCUCCGGUUCGCUACUCGGGCGGUUCAUCGAAGGCGAUGACGCGUUCCGGAACCAGCGGUUCAAGCUGGUGAACCGAAUCGUGAAGGGACCAUGGAUCGUGAAAAAAGCGGUGGGGAAUUAUAGCGCGUGCUUGUUGGGGAAGGCGCUGACGUGUAACUAUCACAGGGGACCGAACUACUUCGAGAUUGACGUGGACAUUGGGAGCAGUGCCAUCGCCAACGCUAUCCUGCGCCUCGCGUUGGGCUACGUGACCAGCGUCACCAUCGACAUGGGAUUCGUCGUGGAGGCGCAGGCGGAGGAGGAGCUCCCGGAGAGGCUCAUCGGAGCUGUUAGGGUUUGCCAGAUGGAGAUGUCCGCUGCCACCGUCGUAGAUGCGCCCAACGCGCCGCGCGGCAACAAGGUCAACCACCUCAGUGGUAACGACGAGCAAAAACUUUAG